AUGAGCUUCUACUGCUAUUACUAUUGCGUGUAUCCUUGUCUGAUCUAUUUAUAAAUCUGUAGUGACAGCCUUGGUUUAUACGCUGGAAUGAAAGAAACAAACACACCUAGAAGAAUCACAUCUCUGCAAUUGCAGGGUUAAUCUCACUUUCACUUUACUAAAAAUGAAACCAGUGGCCUCUGCAGCAGGGCAGGACAAGACAAUGAGUCAUUGGAGGAACAAUAGUUACCUGUGUCAUUCAAAAGAUAUAAAAACCUCAUUCAGAUCACUGUCAGAUGGAAUGGUGACUCUCGUCUAACAGGUGAGUAAAUUUCCUUUCAGUAAAGUCUCUUUAUCGGUCACUAAUUUUUUUCAGUGAUCAAUUCUAAUGGAUCUGGCAUCUUUUUUUCCACACAGAUAAAUACCUUUUAUUGCAGUUCAUCUUCAGUGACGUUCUGAUAAGCCUGGACUCCAUCAAACUUCAAGGAACUUCCCAAUUCACCCCAGACACCAUGGAAGUUUACACUGUUCCUUCCAAACAAGGAACUCCAAUACCAUUACAGACCUCCAUCAGAGACGGUCUGUCAAUGCUUGAGGUUGUAUGGGCUAAUAAGUUUGAGGAUGAAAGCAUCAGUCAGGAAACUGCCAUUGAGAAGGAAGCAGAGUUUUACAAAGGUGCUCCACCUCAGUGGCUGAACUUCUACUGGGCUGAACGAGAGAAAACCCCCUUUGUCAAGCGGGACAUGUAUGAAAGGAUACGAAAAGAGAUAAAUGAAAACAAACGCACAAGCUGGAGCAUAGCUAGUGUUAACUUACUCCAUCAGCCAGGAAGCGGAGGGUCCACCCUGGCCAUGCAGAUACUAUGGGACCUGAGGAAAGGGCUCAGGUGCGCUAGGGUAACACAUUCUGCAACUGACUCGAAGGCUGUUGCACAGCAAGUGGUGCAGUUAUUUAAUGCAGGUGGUCCACAGAACCAAAACACUGUCCUUCUUCUUCUGGACAACAGUCAUGAUUCAGUGUCUGAAAAGAACCUUAAAGACAGUCUCAUUAAGGAGCUGAAAGCAAGUUGCAUCACCCCCGACGUUCCUGUGGCCAUCAUUUUAAACUGUGUCCGCCAGCUGAAGGUAACAAAGAUCAGAGUUCUGGAAACAAGUCUUUCAAAAAGGGAGGAAGAAGCAUUCAAAGAAAAGCACAAUGAAAUCGUUCAGAGACACGGAGACAGACGCACUCGAUUUCAUGCCCUUAACAUCAUGUCAAGUAAUUACAGUACAUCGUACGUUACAGAGGCUUGUGAAAUUCUCCAAACAAUUAAGAAGAACAAGAGGCCCCGCAAAGAACAGCUCUUGGCAUUUUUGGCACUGGUUAAUGCAUAUGCUCCUGGCUCCUACAUCGCCCAUGAUCUCUGCUGCCAGUUUUUUGACAAUGAAAGCAAUGAUCUUGACGAGUUUUCUUUAGAGAAACAAAUGCAACCCUUCACAGACAUUUUGGUCAUAUUCUCUACUCAGGAAGGAGAGAACAGGAGCGAGGACAAACAUGUACGAAUGGCACACCCCAUGAUUGCGGGCGAAUGUCUAGAACUGCUGACUUCAGCUGGCGUUACCCGCAGUGACACCACAUUGAAGCUCCUGACAGACCUUUGCAGAGACCCAAUGCCAAUGUAUCUGGUGAAAAUAAUUAAAAGAAUGCUGACAAAGCGAGAAACAAUAGAGGUCAAGGACAAUUCUGAGAGACAGGAAUAUGAAGAGUCUGAAGGACAAGACAAGGACAAGUCUGAAAAGAAGGCAAAGUUUUCCAGACUGAUUGAAGAUAUAAAAGAGAAAGAAAGAGAAGUAAUGUGUGUUUCAGUGUUGAAAAAGGCCUCCAGGAAAUUCGAUCGGGAUCCAUUUCUUCCUCAAGCUCUGGCCCGUUUCUACUACAUUGAGAUGACAGAUUAUGAAAAAGCUGAGGAGUGGGCUACAAUUGCGAUUAAGAGGGAUGAAGAUAACUCAUACAUUAGAGACACACUUGGACAAGUGCAUAAAAACCACCUUAAAAAGUGUGUUCAGGAAAAAACAUGCACGCAUACAACAAUCCUGCAAAUUGGAAAUCAUGCAAUUAAGGCUUUUAAAGAAGAGGCAAAAGCCGCCAUAAAAGAGCAGGCACCAGAGAUGAAAGAGGAUGGUGUGACUAAUGUAUCUGCCCUUUUCAACAGCAGCGGCUAUUUUAGCUACAUGCAGGUUGCAACCACCAUUUUUAACUAUAUUGAAAAUCAUGACAGGACAUUGUCCAAGGUUCUUACGAAAGAAAUAUCCCCUCCCAUUUCCUUCAACUCUUGUGAGACUUUCCUUACCGACCUCAGAGAUGAAGUUGAGCAGAAGUUUGAGUUUUUUGAAACGUAUCUCACUUAUUCAAAGCCAAGCAUCGACAAAGAUGAACCAGGAUACUUCCGGCCCGAUGUUGAGGAGUGUUACAGCAAGUACGUGACACAAGAGCAUGGGCAGGAAAACACAGAGCUACAGGCGCUCAAAGAACAAAAGGUUAGCACGUUCGCUGGACUGCUGCAUGCUCUCAACAGACCUUCCAAUGAAUCUGACCUGGAGUGGGCUACCAGAGUUUUGAAGAGUUCAAGUGAUGAUGAUUCUGUCCUGAAGUACGUCCUUGCAAACAUCCUUUUAGCGCAAAGGAACAGCUCUUCUAAGGAGCUCAAGCCACUGGAAAAACUCCAGUCCCUUCUAAAGGAACAAUGGAGCAAAGAAAAAUACAACAGAAGCCCAGAGUUCUACCUCUUGGUACUGUUGCUGUUUUGGCCGAAUGGGGAGCAAGUCGAGGACGACUCCCCAGACAUAGCAGAAUGUAUUGAAUUUAUGCAUCAAUCAUUCGGGAGGACAUACCAAAGUUUCUUUCGCUCUCGCUACCUUGUGCCUCUGUUUUUCCUAAAAGCAGGAGAGGGGCUACAGAAGGUUCUCCACACAUCACAAUUGGAUAAAUCCUUGCUUAAUCAAAUUAACAAACGAGGCGACAGUGCCAACAUCUCAAAUCUUCUCCGUGUGCAAGGAGAGGUGCAGCAUUUUCAGGUGUUUGCUGUGGAAGGAUCCCGCAAGAUCAAGGUUUCUCCUCAAAAUCCAGCCAGUGUCUGUCGUGAAGGACAGAUCUCUUUCUACCUUGGCUUUAAUAUCAGAGGACCUGUGGCUUACAAUAUCAGAUAUCUCUAG